GUUCGUUUAGCAAAGGACUUACAGUAUCUCCAUUUUCCCUUACCAUCCCUUGUGUCGACAAUGUUAACUCCACCGUGGUUCUCGAAACUCCGAGAAUCAUAGCUAAAGACAAGAGCAUAUAACAAGAUAAUGCGUUGAGACUAUUUGUCACAAAUUCCGACCGCCUUCAUGUUUCACCGAGGGACCGUGUUUUCCUCCGAUAAGGAGGUCAUGCAGUCAGUGCUCAAGCGUCAGGUCGAGCAGUCAGGGAAGUUCCCCCCGGAUUCGACUGCGGAGAGUGUAGCGGCAGUGUUGGCAGACGAGAUCACUAGUAAAACAAUCAUCAUCACUGGCGUGUCCCCUUCAGGCCUUGGAGCUGAGGCCGCCCGUGUCAUAUUCAAACACAACCCAAAGCUCCUAAUCUUAGCAAGCCGCAGCAAGAAGGCGAUUGAUGAUACAAUCGUCGCAAUCGGAGGCUCGAGCGCUUCGAAAAACGUCAGAGCCGUCGAAUUCGAUCUCUCUGAUUUUAAAUCAGUCAGGAAAGCGGCAGAGGAGAUUCUCGAGACUGCGCCAGCGGUAGACGUUCUCAUCAACAAUGCGGGCAUCAUGAUGUUGCCGGAGUUCAAGACGACUAAGCAGGGGAAUGAGAUGCAGUUUGGGGUCAACCAUCUUGGGCAUUUCCUCUUCACCAACCUUCUCAUACCAUCUCUUCUCCAGUCUCCCGCUGGUUGCGUCGUCAACAUCUCAAGCGCCGGACACCGAGUGAGCGGCGUUCAUCUCGAGGAUGUAAACUUCAGUAACGGAAAAACCUACGAACCCUUCAUAGCCUAUGGACAAUCGAAAUCCUCCAACAUCCUCUUCUCCGUGUCACUGACGCAUAAGCUUGGAAAGAAAGGACUACGAAGUUUUGCUGUCGAUCCUGGUGCCAUUAACACCACGGGCCUCAACCUCGGUAUACCCAUGGAGAAGAAGAUAGAAAUGGGAUGGUGGGAUACGGAUGGAACUCCCUCGGCGAAUAUCCCGGUCCACAGUAGGGGAGGGAGCAUCAUCUUAUAUUGUCGCAGCUUUUGAUAAAAAUAUAGCUGGGCAAAGUGGCAGCUGCCUUGCAAAAGCUAACAUCGAUCCUACCACUGAGGCUCACGCAACGGAUCCAGAGAUCGCUGAAAAGUUGUGGCUGCUGAGUGAAAAACUGGUCGGGCAAGAGUUUCAUUACCAAUAGCUCUAUCCCAUAUGAUCGAUUCGAAAGGGUGCGGGGAGGACUAAGGCGACGAAUUGGCCUUGGAAGAAUUCAUCAGUGAUAAUAUUACCAUAGGAUACUAGAGCAUACCAAUCAAAUUUGC